AUGCCAGAUCUCUUUAACGGCGAUGUAGUCCCAAUCAACAGACCAGAGGGCUUCAACAUCAUGGACUGGGUGAAGAACCACCUACCCCUGCAGACCGAGCCGAUAAUCGACACCGUCCUCAAAGAAAUGUGUGAUAAUCUCGCUUGUGAGAGAAUCGGUGGUGUGGGCUAUUGUUUUGGCGGCAAGUAUAUCUGCCGGUACCUGAAACCUGGCAAGAUUGAUGCUGGGUUUACGGCCCAUCCGACUAUGGUUGAGACGGAGGAGUUGCAAGGAUUGAGGGCCCAUUGA